AGAGCUUAUAUCCGGUCUUUCGGGUGCUGACGCUCUCUUCCGGUCUAGGUGGCCCCCCAGAAUGGCAUUUGGGAUGCGCAUGAUGAGGCUGCUGGCGUUGGUGGUGUUGGCCCUCUUUGCUGUCACUCAAGCAGAGGAGGGAGCCAGGCUCCUGGCCUCCAAGUCGCUGCUGAACAGAUACGCGGUGGAGGGGCGAGACCUGACCUUACAGUACAACAUCUACAACGUGGGCUCAAGUGCUGCGUUAGAGGUGGAAUUAUCCGAUGACUCCUUCCCUCCAGAAGAUUUCGGCAUCGUCUCUGGGAUGCUCAGUGUCAAAUGGGACCGGAUUGCCCCGGCUAGCAACGUCUCCCACACCGUGGUCCUGCGGCCUCUCAAGGCUGGGUACUUCAACUUCACCUCCGCGACCAUCACCUACCUGGCCCAGGAGGAUGGGCCUGUUGUGAUUGGUUCUACCAGUGCACCUGGACAGGGAGGCAUCCUGGCUCAGCGGGAGUUUGAUAGGAGAUUCUCCCCCCAUUUUCUGGACUGGGCAGCCUUCGGGGUCAUGACCCUGCCCUCCAUCGGCAUCCCCCUGCUGCUCUGGUACUCCAGCAAGAGGAAAUACGACACCCCCAAAACCAAGAAGAACUGAGUGGGGCUCCCACGGCCCUCUUUGAAGAAAUCCAGGUGCUUUCCAGACUCCAAAGGAGACCUCAGACGCAGUGUCCUCUCCCUUAGCCACUGGCCACCUCCUCUUGGAUCCCGCCCUGCUCGCAGCCAGAGCGAAGGGCUGGGCCGAGGAGUCUGGGGGGCAUCCUGGGGUCCGUCGUGAAGCCAUACAAACAGGAAUGCCUUUGGCAACAGCCUGGAGCCCAGUGGCGCUCUGGGGCCCUCCCAAGGUGCUGUCGGUGUAUUGCUGGCAAUGCGAACUCUUGGGUUCAGCAGGGGCACCUCAGAGACCACCUGACACCACCCCCCCAUCACCUACUCUCCCCCCUCAGAAGAGGGUGGGAGAGGAAAUGGAAGCUGUGGGACUCUGGGAGGCGACCCAGUGUCUGUCCAGGGUCAGGCAAGCGCUUACCAAGUGGGGUUUUCUAAUAAAAGCAAAUGCCACACUG